ACAAUACAUUUUCUGUAAGUCUCAUUUGUGGACAUGCUACCUCUAGUUAUGGCACCAUUAUGCAGGGCCUGAUUUCAUCAUUUUCUAGUUGGAUCAGAUCAAGGUCAAGGUUGAUUACCUUCUCGUUGAACGCGAACCAGAGUUCGACUGAUUCAAAACCAACUGGAAAUGCAUCAUGUUGAUAAAGGCAGCAACAGAGUUCACUGGGAACAAACUUCUCCCAAGAAACACAACUCUAAGUCUUGCAACCACCCAAUUCCUGAGAUCCCGAAUCCUCCCAAGGUCCGCGUUCAGAGGGAUAACAAGCCAGACAAGAGACGGAGUAGACGUGGUGCAAACGGAGACCUUUCCCGUGACGACAUGUUGUUCCUACUUAGUGUUCUGGAGGGAGAGCUUCAGGCAAGAGAUGAAGUCAUCGAGGUGCUGAAAUCAGAAAGGACGGACUCGGUUCUAUUGGAGGCCCACUAUGGUUUCAUUGCCCUGGAGGGGGCGCUUCGUGCCCUACACAGAGACUCACUGCGGUCACAACAGGAAAACCUGCAGGAUGUGUGCAAAACAGUUACAGCUGAGGUACCAAUAAUAAGAAACCAAACACCAUUUGAAGCCGCUAAUCAAAUCUAAUGAGGUGAACACAGCACCAUCUGACA